GUGAAGGCGAGUCGAACGGCUUCACCUACACCUCCAGUGGUGGUGACUCCUUGGAUGACACAGAGUACGAGCUAGAGGGGAAGACCCUGACAUUCCAGGAGAAACGAAGGCGGUGCUUGCCUGUUUGCUGCAGCGGGGAGCGUGUGGCUCAUUGCUGUUAUGUCUGCCAGUUCCUGCUCUUCUUGCUGGUGUUUCCUCUUUGGGCCAAAUGGCUGUUGGUGAAUCCCAUGCCCAGGCGGUACUGGCACUCCAACUACGAACCCUUCCCGAUGGUGCAGUAUGAUUUUGACAGCCAGGAAGUGCUGAAUGAGCAGAUGAACCCCAAGAUACAGAUGAGCGAGAUCCCAGAGGAUCCAGGACGAUGCAACUACAGCUGUUCCGAAUGGCGGGGCUACCGCACUGAGGAGAUGAACUUCCGGGUCAGCGUUAUGCUGAACGAUUCGGCGCUCAUGAAGGAUCACGCCCACACGGUGUACCCGGUGCUUCUGGCGUCGGCCGACUUUCAGGAUUGGUGGGUUGUCGGGGACAAGCGCUUCGCUCAUCCAACUCCCUUCUGGAGUCAGCACACAGAAGGAAGAGGUGUCACAUACGUCAAGGCAACGUCUGCGUGCACAAAUCCGCCGCCCGCGGGGGUCAUGCCCAAGGGUCUCAGUGGGGCCUACGUCAUGGCCUGCAUUACCUGGAGAUCGGCAAAUCUUGACGAGCUGUCCGCUGCCACGACGGUGACGGACGCUCAAGUUGCCCAGCUAUGUCAAGCUGUCGGCGGGGUCUGCGGCUGGAGUUGCGGCUCCAAGCAUUCGCCUCUCAACCUUAGGGGCUGCGAUGACAACGGCAAGAUCGAGGUCACGAGGACAUCGUUUGCCGGCAAGAACUAUCACAAUGCCAACUUUCAAGGUAAAGUGGUCAUCCGGCAAUGCCCUGAGGUAGACGAGGAUGGACACUGCGUCACUAGCGAAGCCGUCUUCUCACAUUGGCGGUGCCACAACUGCAAGUACAACCCGAACGAGAUCGAGGAG